AUGGAUCACAAUCGUGUCACGGAAUAUAACAGCCGUGGUAAUCGUAAACCCAUGACGUUUACAACGACGAGCUCUAUUACGGGCACAAAUACGACGACAAUUGUAGCAAGUGGUCAUCAACAUCAUGGAGGUGGUCACGUUUCUACUACUAAUGCAAGUAUUGAAUGCAAGUCCAGUAAGAAAUGCUCCGUAUGUGGCAAGAAUUUUAAUCCACUACGUCGACGACACUAUUGCCGUACGUGCACAGCUGUAGUAUGCAGCUCGUGCAGCAUUUCGAGAAGGGUUGAAAGCACAUUUGAAGGUGCCAUGACCGUGCGCAUGUGCGUAAGCUGCAAAUUGAGCUCGAUUGCGUCACAGGACGAUUUCUACGAUCGUAUCUUUUCCACGCAUGGAGGAGCUUAUCCUGCUGGUACGACGGAAUCACUGCCAAGUGGAAGUGACGAAGAUUUUAUGACGGAUCGGCUGAGCUUUGCGUCGUAUUCGUCAGGAACAGGGAACGGAUCCAAUGCAUCCAAGGACGACAUGUUGGUGGGAAUAAUUAGCCCCAACAUGGUAGACUCGCAGGCGCUUAUGGACAAACGUGCGGCGAGUUCAUCGAAUCUUUCGAUCCGACGCAAAUCGAGUACGACUAGUGGCAAUGCAGACGCUGCAGCUUGUGCCCGAGGACGUCACGGCUCCUUUGCUGGACCGCCGGCGGUCACGGAGGACUGUCCUUGGUGCAUGAACGAGGCUUGUGCUCCGCUGCACGAGUACUUUGAAGUGCCGUACCCUUUUUUCCUGGAACUUGCCGAUCCGGCUGCCAAGAACCAGUACAUUGCAGCUAAGCACCUUGACGAUGAAAAAGAACGCCUUCGGUCAGUUCGGGCAAUCCGUGGAGCCAUGAAGGCUUGUACCUUGGCCUCGCAGACUAUCAUGCAGCUCUGUAAUAUGGCUGCUAUUGCGACUUCGAGUCCGAUGGCUCUCGUGGGUCUGCUUGAUAAGCAUGUAUACGUGCCAUGUGCUGAGUCGGGUCUCGGAUCGCUGGGCAAGAUUGACCGACAGAAAAGUUUAGCAGCUCAUGCGUGCCGAAACGGUUCGCCCCUGGUUUGUAGUGAUUUGACUCGAGAUGUGCGCUUUGCUGCUAAUCCUUGGCGGCGGGAUAUGCUUCAAGCGCAAUUUUACGCGGGCAUCCCACUUACGCUGUCAAACGGGCACACAAUUGGAGCCAUUGAAGUGUUUGAUGUGAUCCCGCGAUUUGCUUGCAUGGAUGUGAUUUCACAGAUGCAGACAGUUGUCCGUGGCCUUCUGCGUAAGUUUGAGGAAAUCUUGGCUAAGAAUUCCGUAUCAGGAGAAGAGGGCGUGGACGCAUCGCAGAAGUCGUCGUCUUCAUCAGGACGGCAAACACCAUUGAGUGAGAGUGACGAGGGCAAAAAACGUACACCACGAGCUCCGGCGCCCAGUGCACCAAGUACAGCGCCGUCAAUACCGCCGCCGAAAAAGUCGCCGAGGCCGUCGUCACGGGUACUUGCUACGUCAAGCCACAAGCCGGUAGGGCCAGCGCCUCAGGCGCCGAAGCCUGCUGCAACGAUGGAAGCAUCUGUAGCAGCACCGGCUGCGGCAGAAGCACCAGUGCAGGCUGCAGCGCCUACAGGAGGCGGGGAGGCUGCGCCGGACGAAAUGGAGAUGCGGCUCAUGCAGUUGCUGUCUCAAACAACUUGUACACAGGAACAACUACGGAACCAACAGGGUCAAAUGGUCAGCGCUAUCAGCAGUCACUCGAAGCAAAUCAACGACCUAGCAAAACAGCUUGAGCGCAUGGAAUCGACUCUUGCUGCCAAGCUUGGUGGGGAUGCAGAUGAUGGCGAGGACUUGAUUUUAAAAGAGGACGCCGACGCAGAAAGUGCGUAG